AUGGUAGUUUUUGUGGUCUUGUUGCUGGCAUUGAUUCCUCACAAGGUAUACCAGGCACAUGUUGUACAAUGCAAGAUCCAGUAUCUACACCAUCCUCUUCACACCUAUCACCAUUCAGGAGAUUUCAUCAUUGGUGGAAUUGCCUCUCAUGGUGGUUUUGUUUCCAGUUCAGCAACAUUCACUGAAGAACCCCCACCAGGACUGCAAGAAGAACUUGUCAUACUGCCUAAGUAUUAUCAGCACAUCCUGGCCUUGGCAUUUGCUGUAAGAGAAAUCAAUGAAAACUCACAGACCUUGCCCAAUGUCACCUUGGGUUUCCACAUCUAUGACAGCUAUUUCAGUGCAACGCGGACCUACCAUUCUACAAUGCUCCUUUUAUCUACACUGGAGAAGUUUGUUCCCAACUACAUAUGUGGUGUCCAGAAUGAUCUGACAGCAGUCAUUGGAGGACUAGACUCCCGAACUUCCCUUCACAUAGCAACUAUCUUGGAUAUCUACAAGAUUCCACAGCUUAUAUAUGGCCCUGCUCCGGUGAUGAAUGAUAAGACACCAGAACUUCCCUUCUACCAGAUGCCCCCCCAGGAAGCCCACCAGUAUUCAGGGAUUCUCUCUUUGCUUUUGCAUUUCAGAUGGACCUGGAUUGGGAUCAUUCUGUUGGAUACAGACAAUGGAGAAAAAUUUGUGCAAACUAUUUAUCCAAUGUUUACCAAAAGUGGUGUCUGUUUUGCCUUCCUAGAAAGAAUUCCCGAUUUUAGUUUUAUCACUGAAAUUGAUGAGAUGCUACAACAAGGUGCAAUAAUACAUGACAAACUGACAGACAGCAAAGCUAAUGUAGUGAUGGCCUAUGGAGAAUCUUAUUCCAUGAUAUUUUUAAGAUGGCUUCCAUAUCUGUCAGAGCAUGAGCAUGUGACUAAGAAAGAAAAAGGUAAAAUAUGGAUCAUGACAGCCCAGAUUGAGUUUGCUUCAUAUGUCACUCAAAGGAACUGGGACUCAGGAAUAUUCAAUGGUGCUAUAUCCUUUGGAAUUCAUUCAAAUGACCCUCCAGGAUUUCAUCAAUACCUUAACAGCAGAAAUCCUUCCAGAACAGAAAGUGAUGGUUUUAUGAGGGACUUCUGGCAACAGGCCUUUGAUUGUGUAUUCCCAAAUUCCAUUGUUGGCAAGAUGGAGUGGAAUAUUUGCACUGAGGAAGAGAAGCUGGAGAGUCUUUCUGGGGAUUUUUUUGAAAUGAGCAUGACAGGUCACAGCUACAGCAUCUAUAAUGCCGUGUAUGUGGUGGCCCAUGCUUUACAUGCCAUGUACUCAUCCAGAGUCAGUCCUAGAGGAAUGGUGCAUGGUGGAAGACUGACGUUUCAGAAUCAAUUGUUUUGGCAGCUCCACCACUUUCUUAGAAUUAUCUCAUUUAACAACACUGCAGGGGAUGAGGUCUCCUUCAACCAGAAUGGAGAGGUAGUAUCUAGAUUGGAUAUUAUCAACUGGAUUAUAUCCUCCAACCAAUCCUUUCAUAGAGUGAAAAUUGGAGAGCUGGAUCCCAAGGCUCCUCUAGACCAAGUGUUCACCAUUGAUGAAGAUGCCAUAACAUGGCAUAGCUACUUUAACCAGACUCGGCCUACCUCUGUCUGUACUGAGAGUUGUCAUCCUGGUUCUCACAAGAAAGUGAAGGAGGGGGAUCCAUUUUGCUGCUAUGAUUGCAUCCUAUGUCCAGAAGGGAAGAUUUCACAGCAGGAGGAUAUGAAUGACUGCAAUAAAUGCUCAGAUGAAGAUUAUCCAAACAAGAGCCAGGAUGUGUGUAUUCCCAAGGACAGAAACUUCUUGUCGUAUGAAGAACCUUUGGGCAUCAGUUUAGCCUUCUUUGCUCUUUCUUUUGCUUUUAUCACAGCUUUGGUAAUGGUAACAUUUAUGAAGCACCACAACACACCCAUCGUCAAAGCCAACAACCGAAAUCUCACCUACACUCUCCUAGUCUCCCUCCUGCUCUGCUUCCUUUGUGCUUUACUCUUCAUUGGCCAACCUGAGAAGGUGACAUGUCCGCUCCGACAAACUGCUUUUGCCAUCAUCUUCUCUGUGGCUGUUUCAUGUGUGCUGGCAAAAACUGCCACGGUUGUUCUGGCUUUCUUGGCCACCAAACCAGGAUCCAGGAUGAGGAAGUGGGUGGGGAAAGGACUGGCCAACUCCAUUGUUCUUUCUUGCUCCCUUGUUCAAGCAACCCUCUGUACUGUGUGGCUGGCAAUCUCUCCUCCAUUCCCAGAUCUAGACAUGCACUCAAUGACUGAACAAAUUAUAGUAGGAUGUAAUGAGGGCUCUGUGACUAUGUUUUAUUCUGUCCUUGGCUACAUGGGCUUCCUGGCAAUUGUGGGUUUUACUGUGGCUUUCCUCGCGAGGAAGUUACCUGACAGUUUCAAUGAAGCCAAGUUUAUCACUUUCAGCAUGUUGGUCUUUUGCAGUGUUUGGUUAUCUUUUGUCCCAACCUACUUGAGCACCAAAGGAAAAUAUAUGGUAGCUGUGGAGAUCUCUUCCAUCUUAGCUUCCAGUUCUGGGUUGUUGUGUUGCAUCUUUUCCCCAAAAUGUUAUGUUAUUGUGUUGAGACCUGAGUUGAACAACAGGGAGCAGCUAAUAAGAAGAAAAUAA